GCCGCUGGGGGGCAGGUUGGGAGGCAGCCGCCCGGGGCCCCGCGUCCACAGCUGUGAAAGCCCCGACUGCCCGGCAGCGCCCAGGGCCCCGGAGCAAUUGGUGGGAGUCGGACCCCCCGGUGCAGCAGGACCUCGGCCCGGGCAGAGCGGAUCGGGGCUUCCCGAGAGCCGGCGUCAUGGUGGAGAAGAAGCUGGAGCAAUGCCAGAAGGAGACAGAGGAGGUGACUCAGAUUAUGCUGGUCAACUAUUCCAAGGUGCUGGACCGGGAGGCCAAGCUCAGCACCCUGGACGACAGAGCAGAUGAGCUCCGCAACAUGAGCUCCACCUUCAGCAGGACGACGAAGACAGUGGCGCAGAAGAAGCGCUGGGAGAACAGGAAGUAUAAGAUAUUCCUGGCGGUGGUAGUGGCGGUCGUGGUGUUGAUCAUCCUGGCCGUGGUUCUAUGGCUGUCGCUGCGCGGGGCCGGGAACCAGGCCGCUGAGAGCCGGGCCUCCGGGAACCAGGCCACCAAGAGCCAGGCCACCAUCACGCAGGCUUACUGAAGGAAGGAGAUGACCCAGUGCCCCCUCUGCUAGGGACGCAGGUGCCCUGGGCUCAGUGCAAUAUGGACAUCGCGCGCAUGGAGACUGCAGGGGCUGCCAUUGGAGCUGGGGCUUUUCUUUAGCUAUUUGGAAAGGCCCCUUCGCAGAUGGGUCACAACACUGGGAAACAGUAUCGACAGCCCAGCUCCAGGGAGCAACCCUUCUGCAGACUAAACAAUCCCAGUUCCCUCAGCCUCUCCUCAUAAGUCAU